UCACAGAGCGCUGUUAGCAACAACCAAUCACGAGCUCUCUGACUGGGACCUACAGCAGGUUCGACCAAUUGGAUCGCAUCUUUUUGGGAGGCGACGUAUGGUGGCGGCAAUGCUAUGGAGUUUCCGCUACUCCUCUGCUUUCAUGCCAUCAGGUUAGGCAGCUAGCAAGAGAGCUAAGCUAGCGUCACGCUAGGCCUCCAGCAGACCAGCGGGAGAGCUACCGAGAUCAAACACUGCUAUUCGGAAGGAGACAAAUAUCCCUUUAUGAAUCUGCAUGAGAACAAUUAAAAUCCCAGAAAUAUGGUGGUUCUCAAAAUUCGAGACCAGCCUGCUUUGCUGAAAGCUAUUUUCAAUGUGGACCCAGAUGAAGUACGCUCACUCAUAUUCAAAAAAGAGGAUGUGAAUGCACAGGACAAUGAGAAGCGAACUCCAUUGCAUGCUGCUGCCUAUCUCGGAGAUGCAGAAAUUAUUGAGCUGCUGAUUCUUUCAGGUGCCAGAGUAAAUGCCAAAGAUAACAAGUGGCUCACUCCUCUGCACCGGGCUGUGGCGUCCUGCAGCGAGGAGGCUGUCCAGGUAUUGCUGAAACACUCUGCAGACGUGAACGCCCGAGACAAGAACUGGCAGACGCCGCUUCACAUCGCCGCAGCGAAUAAAGCAGUCCGCUGCGCCGAGGCCCUCGUCCCACUGCUCAGCAAUGUGAAUGUGUCCGACAGGGCAGGCAGGACCGCGCUGCAUCAUGCAGCCUUCAGCGGUCAUCUGGAGAUGGUGAGGAUCCUGCUCUCCAGAGGAGCAAACAUCAAUGCCUUUGACAAGAGGGACCGCCGUGCAAUCCACUGGGCAGCCUACAUGGGACACAUAGAAGUGGUAAAGCUGCUGGCAUCUCAUGGGGCCGAGGUGGCCUGCAAAGAUAAGAAAUCUUACACCCCCCUACAUGCAGCAGCUUCCAGUGGAAUGAUCAGUGUUGUCAAAUACCUCCUGGACUUGGGGGUGGAUAUCAAUGAGCCCAAUGCAUAUGGCAACACACCCCUCCAUGUGGCCUGUUACAAUGGGCAGGAUGUGGUGGUGAAUGAGCUCAUAGAGUGCGGAGCUAAUGUCAACCAGGUGAACGAGAAGGGCUUUGCUCCUCUCCAUUUUACCGCAGCGUCCCGCCACGGGGCACUCUGUUUGGAGCUCCUAGUGUGCAACGGGGCUGAUGUCAACAUCAAGAGUAAAGAUGGUAAGACUCCGCUCCACAUGACAGCAAUCCAUGGGAGGUUUUCUAGGUCUCAAGCAAUCAUUGAAAAUGGUGCUGAGAUUGACUGUGAAGAUAAGAACGGAAAUACACCACUGCACAUUGCAGCUCGAUAUGGACACGAGCUGCUCAUCAACACCCUCAUCACCAACAGAGCUGAUACAGCUAAACGAGGGGUUCAUGGUAUGUUCCCGCUGCAUUUGGCUGCUCUCAGUGGGUUCUCUGACUGCUGCAGAAAGCUCCUGUCUUCAGGAUUUGAUAUUGAUACUCCUGAUGACUUUGGAAGGACCUGUUUACAUGCUGCAGCUGCUGGAGGAAACCUGGAAUGUCUCAAUCUUCUCCUCAACACUGGGGCAGACUUUAACAGAAAGGACAGCUUUGGCAGGACCCCUCUGCACUAUGCUGCUGCCAACUGUAACUACCAGUGCCUGUUUGCGCUGGUGGGCUCUGGGGCCAGCGUCAAUGACCUAGACGAGCGGGGCUGCACUCCUCUCCACUACGCUGCGGCCUCUGACACAGAUGGAAAGUGCCUGGAAUAUUUACUGCGAAAUGAUGCAAAUCCAGGGAUCCGGGACAAUCAGGGCUACAACGCUGUGCACUACGCCUCGGCGUAUGGACAUCGCCUCUGUCUGGAGCUGAUUGCAAGUGAAACACCCCUAGAUGUGCUAAUGGAAACCUCAGGGACAGACAUCCUGAAUGACUCGGAUGUCAGAGCCCCCGUCAGCCCCCUGCACCUUGCUGCAUACCAUGGUCACCACCAAGCAAUGGAGGUUCUGGUGCAGUCUCUGCUGGAUCUAGAUGUGAGAAACAGCCAAGGGCGCACGCCCCUAGACCUGGCUGCUUUUAAGGGCCAUGUAGAGUGUGUGGAUGUCCUGAUCAACCAGGGAGCCUCCAUCCUUGUUAAGGACUUCACCUUGAAGCGAACCCCCAUCCAUGCUGCAGCUACUAAUGGUCAUUCAGAGUGUUUGCGUUUGCUGAUUGGAAAUGCUGAUCUUCAAAGUGCAGUCGACAUUCAAGAUGGGAAUGGACAAACCCCCCUGAUGCUGUCAGUCCUGAGUGGACACACAGAUUGUGUGUAUUCUCUGCUAAAUAAGGGAGCCAGUGUAGAAGCCAAAGAUAAGUGGGGCAGGACAGCCCUACAUAGAGGGGCGGUGACCGGUCACGAGGAAUGCGUGGAGGCCUUGCUUCAGCACAGCGCCAACUUCCUGGUGCGGGAUUGUAAAGGACGCACACCAGUCCACCUGUCAGCGGCAUGCGGACACAUUGGGGUACUGGGAGGCCUGCUGCAUGCUGCCCAAUCAGUGGAAACACUCCCUGUCUUAACAGACAACCAAGGCUACACCCCACUGCACUGGGCCUGCUACAAUGGUCACGAUACGUGCGUGGAGGUUUUGCUUGAACAAGAGGUUUUUCACAAGGCCGAAGGCAAUUCUUUCAGCCCCCUCCACUGUGCUGUGAUCCAUGACAACGAAGGCGCUGCCGAAAUGCUGAUAGACACUCUGGGCCCUGCCAUUGUCAACACCAAAGACAGUAAAAAUAGGACCCCACUACAUGCAGCAGCCUUCACUGACCAUGUAGAGUGUCUGCAGCUGCUGCUGAGCCACAACGCUCAGGUCAACAGUGUGGACGCCGCAGGGAAGACCCCGCUUAUGAUGGCUGCUGAAAAUGGCCAGACUAACGCUGUUGAACUGCUGGUGAGCAGUGCGAAAGCAGAUCUCACUCUGCAGGAUGCUGUGAAGAACACUGCACUUCAUCUUGCCUGCAGUAAGGGACAUGAAACCAGUGCCUUGUUGAUAUUGGAGAAGAUUACAGAUAGAAACCUCAUUAAUGCCACUAACGCCGCCUUACAGACGCCUCUACACGUGGCUGCAAGAAAUGGUUUAACUGUGGUGGUGCAAGAGCUGCUUGCAAAGGGAGCCAGUGUACUUGCAGUUGAUGAAAACGGUUACACACCCGCCUUGGCUUGUGCCCCCAACAAAGAUGUGGCAGACUGCCUAGCCCUCAUCCUGGCCACCAUGAUGCCUGUGUCCCCCUGCACCCCGGCACCCACCCUCCCUUUCAAUGCCAUUAACCACUACACUACCAGCCCCUCCAAGAGCGUCACCUUCGACAGCCUGCCGGCGCUGCGCGACGAGCACAGCUCCUACUGCAGUUUCAACAACAUCAGCCAUCACGACGGCCUCUACAAGGACGAAGAGCUCAAUGACUCAGACUCUGAGACGUACUGAAGGGCAGGAGGGAGCGACAAAUGCAUAAACACACACACUGUGUCUUAAAAAUCACCCACCGCCAGCUUGGGAGGGCAGAAGAAAGAAAAGCCCCCACAGGAGCCUUAAGAGUCCCCCCCCUUUCCCCUCCCCACCAGAGAGCAAGAGAGGGAGGAAGUGCAGCAGGCUGGCCCACACUCAUCCAGACCUCAUCCAGCACCAGGUGUCCUUCAGCUGAUACUGGACCUCAGUAACCGCUGCUUUACCAACACUGACUUCUUGAGUGCUAAAAACUGUACUCGUUGGGCGGACAGCGACUUUUGUACGGCAAUAACUUGCUAAAGAGGGAUGGUAGCACUUCACAGAGAGCUAAACCGACAGGGACCAAAAGACAUGGAUGCGUUUUAACCCAGUUUUAACUGUGUAAAUGCGACUGAGAAUUUUUGGGGGUUUAUUGGUUAGUUGGGGGGAAAAGGAGCCAGUUUUCAUUUUUGAAAUGUCUUGAUGAGUUAGAGAAGGUUGAUAUCCGCACACUACAUCUGUCAGAAUGCACUUGUCAUCAAGUCUGUAAAUCCUACAGGCGGAAAAUCAUUUAUUUUUUCAGAUCAAAAUUUUAAUAUACCCAUGUUCAUGUCUUAAACUCUUUAGGGGGGAAAAAAUCUGAUUUACUGACCUGAGUCAUUCAAAAACAUUUGAUAUGUGCACCAGGUAAUUUUUAAGUUGAUCGACCUUACCUUUGUAUAUUGACCUGUCCAUUGCGGUUUAGUCUUUCAAGAAUAAAUUAUUUGUGUAAUUUCGGUUCCUAUUUAUGUGUUCAUUUUGUGCCUUCAUUAGUUACUGAGAAAUGAUGAGUUUGUUGAGGCAGCUGUGAAAGUACAGUGAUGCGCACUAGGCAAGUAAUGAGACAUUUCUAAGAAGCACUGAUCCUGUACUGAGGUAUCUGAGGCUCAGCUUUGUGAGAAGAAACACUGUAAACCAAUGAUAGGGCAGCGUUUGAUUUUCCUUCUGUUUGAAUGAUAUUUUUUGCUCUUAUAUUAGUCAAUGUUUGUUGACAGGUUUUGCUUGCUUUAACUACAGGAAAAAAUGAAACCACUCGAUCCUACCAUGAUUCAAAUCUCCCCCUUUUCUGUCUGUUGAAAAAAAAUCCUUUUAACUGGAAAUAUGUACAAUACAUUUGCUAGUUUCUGUAGAACGGAAAAGACGUUUUUUUUCCUUUUCCUUGCUUUUUCUUGAAGAGGGAUGAAACUAGCAUGUACAUAGAAAUUAUGACUGUGAAUUCAACGCUCCAAUGAAUUCUUUCAGUACUGAGAUUGCUGUAUAUUUUAUGAGUAAUAAAGAAAUGAGUUAUUUAAUAAUGAACAUGAGUCUUC